AAUCACGCGAGAUUUAAAAUAUUUUGUUAUUUGUAAUAAUUUCUGAUGUUUUCUUGAAUGUUUACAAAAAGUUAUCAAAAAUUCUCAAUUUUUCUGCAAAGCCUAUCUCGAAAUGAGUUUCGAGGAUAAAAAGAAGGCACUGUUCGCCAGUUUGGAAAGUGCCGAGCGCAGUAUUCCAGUGGAUUCUGUUCUACAUCAAGAAGACAACGUCGACUACAGCCGAAGUCGGUGCUCCUUGGAGCGAGGUCAAAGCGGAAGCAGGAAAGACCGACGGGCAUCCUCGGAACGAGGUCCCAUCAAGAAGUUCCGCGGCAGGGAGAGCAUAUUCAAGAGACCAGCUGCGCCGAUUUCAAAAUGUUUACCAAUGUCCCGGGUUCCAGAUUUUAAAAAAAAUCCCCAAAAAUGGACAAAAUAUUCGCUGGAGGACGUGGACAUCAGUGACCGAAGCAAUACAGCAGCCGCGUUCAGCUUUCUGCGGGAAAUAGAAAGCCAGAAACAAGAUCAGGAUCAACGACAGCAGGAAACGAUUGGUGGUGAGGAAUCGACACAUGGAUUCCGCGGAAAAUUGAAAUUUAAUCGUUCGAUUAAAUUGAAAUCUCGAUUGGAGGAGGAGGAUAACGAACCUGCUGCAGGGGAGCAAGAUAAACCAAAGGUAAAGGGUUCAAAAGUGGUUAUGCCGGAAUACGUGAUUGGGCAGAAGCAGAGGAAAAGUAAGCCAGUAAAGUUGGGAACCGCUUCAAGCAAACGCGAUAGAGCAAACGAACUGAAACUGGACCAUCUGAUUGAUGAGGAAGAUAAUUCAGAAGAUGAUGAAGGUAUGGAUUGAAUAUUUACAUUUAUUAAAUUAAAUUACAUAUAAGAUUAUCUCUUGAAUGAAAUGUAAAUACUUAUUGAAUGUCAAUUUAA